AUGUCCCAGAUGAGCGAAGCCGAUCGCGUGGCGAACCUCCUGGUCGCACAGGCCAAGGCCGAAGCGCUGUUCAAAGAAAUCGAAGAAACGCUCAUCCGGCCGGGCGUCAGCGACAAGACGCUGAGCGCCGAGAUUGCGGCGCUCGGCAAGGCGCGGCACGGCCUCGAGACGCACUGGCACAAGCGCAUCGUGCGCAGCGGGCCCAACACGCUGGCGGCGUACAAGGAGAACCCGCCGGACCGGGUGAUUGAGGCCGACGACAUCCUCGUCGUGGACCUCGGCCCCGUGUUUGAGCAGUGGGAGGCCGACUUUGGACGGACGUUUGUGCUGGGCAGCGACCCGCGCAAGCUGCGGGUGCGCGACGCGCUUCAGCCGCUUUGGCACGCCGUCCGGGACCGGUACCGCGCCCGGCCGGACAUGACGGGCGCCGAGCUGUUUGCCAUUGCCAAGGGCGCGGGCGAGGCGCAGGGAUGGACCUGGGGCGCCGACAUUGCCGGCCACAUUGUCGGCUCGUUCCCCCACGAGCGCAUCCCGCACGACAUGAUGCCGCUGUACAUUGCCGCCGGCAACACGACGUCGAUGCGGACGCUGGGCAAGGACGGCCAUGUGCGGCAGUGGAUUCUGGAGAUUUACCUGCACGAUAAGGAGGGACAGUUUGGGGGCUUCUUUGAACAGCUGUUGACUGUGGACUAG